GUUAAACUAAGCUUAGGAGGCUGCUGAUAAAAAGUAAACACUGACGUGUUUUCUUUGCAAAAAGUGAGGAAAAAUGUUGAUAAAUUGCGUGAAAAAGUGGUUAAUUUGUUAGCAAUAAUGAUGAUUGAUGUUCAUUUAAUACUAAUCCUACUCGUUACACUGAUAUUAUUGGCUUGUGAUAUUGAUUUUGCCAAUUGUAAAGGAAGUUUGCAUAUGCUCGAUGAGAUAACAACACAGGACAUAAUUGCGGGAGAUGUUUUCUUUGAGGUGCUGGACCCGGAGGAAUUGGAGUAUACGUACAGAUUGCGUCCGGCAAAGGACUUUGGGGCACCAUUUAAUGCGAGUUUUCGCUUCCCACGAAUUGCCCUUGUACCUGUGGUGCCUUUCGAUGCAUGCUCAUCGGCUGACAUUGUCAAUGGGGACAGCCUGGAGGGAAAUGUGGCAUUUGUUGAGCGCGGCGAAUGUUCCUUCCUCACCAAGGCCAUCAAUGUGGAGAAGCAUGGGGCACGUGCGGUAAUUGUAACGGAAUCCAGUGUGCCAGAAGAGGAGGAGUACUACAUUGAGAUGGUGCACGACAAUACGGGUAGAGAGACAAACAUUCCCGCGGGAUUCCUCAUUGGUAUCAAUGGGCGAAUUAUUUUGCAGACACUGAAAAAGCUCCGCCGGAAUUAUGCCAUCAUCAAUAUCCCAGUUAAUUUAACAUUCACACCACCCCACCAGAUUAACCACCCACCCUGGAUGGGCUGGUGAUUGCCUUCUUGCAAACUAGUCAAUGGGAUUUUCUGUGACAACAAAAACACACAAAAUCAACGAGAAAAAUACAUGAAGCACUUUUCAAUACAAAA